GCCGUUCCUCCAGCCUGCUCCGCUCGCUCCAUCGCUCGGCCCGGCACCAUGACCGUCACACGGCUCGACCAGGGGCAGCGCUACCGGCCGCGGAUGGCCUUUCUGAAAAAGAUUGAAGCGCUCAUGAUGGAGAUGCAGAACCCAGACACGGGCAUCAAGACGCAGACGCAGAGGGUGAUGAUCACCAACAUCCCGCACGCUGUGACAGGCAAUGAUAUAUUGCAGUGGAUUCUCCAGCGCUUGCAGAUCGCUGAGGAAGAGGCACUCCACCUGGGGGACCUGUUUGUCAAAUACGGGUACAUCUACCCUCUCCAGGAGCCAAAGAAUCUCACCCUUAAGACAGACGGCAGCCUGUACAGGUUUCAAACCCCCUAUUUCUGGCCUGCACAGAGCUGGCCUGCUGAUGACACAGACUAUG